AUGUAUCCCAUGCUACCACCAUGUAUAACACAACACAACCAUGCCUGCCAUGUCCCCCCCCGUCGUGUCUGCACUGCCCUAUCUCCCGGUUACCCCAUUCGCCAUCACCCAGGUGCGCUGCUACAUGUUUUAUAUUGUACAACAACCCCUCACCCCCUCCCACGGGAUGACGGUAAUCAUGAUGAUGAUGAUGAUGCUCGCCUUCCCAGCUCGACUCAGCUCCCAGCUUUACAAUCCCCAAGCCAUGCCGGCACUCGUCCAUCUCCACUUCUUCUCACUCUCCCUCUCCUCUCGCUCUCGUGUGUCUGUGUGUGCAACGGUUGGGCGGCAUUGGCACUAGCACUGGCUAAUUUCCGUGUCUUUCUCGGAUCGUGAAGAGUCCAAGUCGACCUAAGCUGUUCUGGUGAAGGAAGCAUCACAAAAGCACAAAAGUUUGCCCGGUGGUGGAACCAGAAACGACAAACAGAGCGCUGCCUUGCUUCGUUCCGUAGCUGUGGCUAUGCUCCUGGGGGCUGUCCGGUUGGUCUCCUGCGCUUGCUUCACGGAACGGCGCGUGGGUGCCCUGGGUGCCCUUGGAUGAUUGAUACGAGUCCUCCCUUGGUAGCGAAACAAGCUGUUUGGCCCAGCCGAUUCGCCGUUGCCCUCAUCUCCUCUUACCUUGCCCUGCCCUACCAGACCAUACCGUACCUUCCUGCUGCUGCUGCUGCUGGCCUGACCUUUUCCUUCCCUCUCUCUUUCUCUCGUUGGUAUCUGCUUCCUUCCCUCAUGGACAGCCUUUGAUAAGACGUCACUCUUUCCCUCCUCACUCCACCUUCCUUUUUUUUUCCACAGUCCAUCUUCUUCCAUCAACUCCUCCUCCUCUACUAUUGCUCUCUUCACACUUCUCCUUCAUACCUUCUUUCCCAUAUCACGCUCUACCUUGUCUGCAUUUCUUCACCACUUGAUUUACAUACGCCCACUAUCCCUUCCAAGCUUGUCUUGUUUACUUCUCACCUAUACUCUAUCGCCUGAUCCCUUCACGCUUCCUCAUCCAAUUCACCUACCCAUCUCUACCGAAAAUGCAGUGCCCCAACUGUCAAGGGAAUGGCACCGUCAAGUGCGACAGCUGCUACGGAUCAGGCUGCGGCGACUGCAAGAAGUCGGGCAGAAUAACAUGCCAUGUGUGUGAGUACUUUCUGGAAUCCCAACUGCACAGAGAGGCCUCAAGCGGGGGUUCUCUCGUGGCCCAUGGUCGUGCAAUGGAAAUACGGAUAUGCUUUGAUUGGACUGUUUGACUGACUUCGGCUAUCCGAUGCAUCAGGUGAAGGCACCGGCGAC